AGCAGUGCUUCUCUUAGUAUGGAUAUACAGACUAUGUAUAGGCGUGGGACUGGAUGUCCUGUCUUGUGAAAACAGUUCUUGGUGUGUUUUUAUUGAGCAUAAAUCUCACAGAAAGACUAAAUUUACUCAAUCUGGUUCUGGGAGCUGGAGAGCUUUAAGAGGCUCUGGCUCGGGGACUGGGCCUGGAAAUCCAGGAGACUGAAAGUGCUGUGAGAAAUGCAGCUGUUCAUGGCGCCAAAUGCAGACUGGCAACAGUUUAUAACUUAAAUUAGUUUUGGCUCCGACAGCUGAUUCUAAGAAUGGAGGGACUCGAGGAGAACCAAAGAAGGAGCCAAAACGAUCCAUUUUAUGUCGGAAUGAUUCUUUACGCAGGAAAAGACGAGACUUUUUUUAAAGCUAAAUGUGAUUAAAACAUGCCCGCAGGUCUGAUUGUAAAGUAGUUGUUUAAAGCCAUCAUACAAAAUGUUGUUUUAAUUUGAAUUUCAGUUGGCAGCUAUAAGGAUCACAUUCACAAAGCAUUGGGUCAUUGUUUUGAGAAUGAUGGGUUCAGUUACAGCAGCAGCCAUUACCAUGUCCACCCCUCUGAGUCUGUGUUGGGGGAGGGCCUCUGAGGGUAAAGGGGAGAGAGGGGUUGUAUUUUUAUAAAGCAUGUGUUCUCCUGCACGCCUGACAGUGAUAAAGUGGAAAGGCUCCCAGAGUGGAGCCGGAGUGCCUCUCAAAGACAAAAGAAAGUGAGGCAGACUCCGCCACGGGGCUCUAAUUGGAGGAAAGAGGAGGAACACACUGUCAGAAUUCAAUCCAAAACUACAAGAAGGUGUCGUCGAGAAGCAUAUGAACAUGGAUGCCAAGACUGAAAACUCCUCAAAUGGCUUCUCACCAGAGAUCAACUUGGAGAAGUUACACAAGAUGGCCGCAGAGGUGAUUCUGCUGGGGAAAUUCCUCCUCAGACUCCUGAACGCUGCUCUGGUGUUGGUAACAGACUCACUGGCCAGGAUUUUAGGAAGCAGCCUGCUCAGACGACAUUUCCACCUGAUGCUGUCUGCUUUGGUUGUCUUUGGUCCUCUGCUGAGUUUCUGGGUGUCACAGUACAGCAUCUUCGCCAACAGCAACCACUACCUGUACAGGAAGUUUUUGACGUCCACUUGGGGUUGGACCUGCGUCUUCACAGGCUCCUUCAUCCUUCUCCUCUCCAUCUCAGCCCGUCGCUCCCCUUCUCUCCUCCUCCGCCACCUCUCUCGGAUGGGGGUGGUCGGCUUGCUCUGGUGGGGCUGUCGGCGUCUCCUGACCUUGCUGGAGGAUGCAGCGGGAACCUGUUAUGAACCCAUGACCCCCGCCGGGGAUAUUCAAGGCGCCACCUCCUCCGUCCAGCCCCUGCUGCUCCUACACGAAGACCAGACCAAAGCCUCCUGCCUCAAGGCCGCCAUGGUGUGGAGAGGCUACGAAGUAUCUCAGGACGUCCUCAUCGUCUGCCUGUGUUGCCUGCUGCUUGUGGAGGAAAUGUCCGUCUUUGGUCGUCACCUGGCUCAAACAAAGGCUCUGCAGAGGUCGCCUGGGGCCCCUCUACGGUUCAUCUUCCUCCUGUGUGUAGCUCUACUCGCCGUUUGGAUGUUCCUGCUCAUGUGUUUGCUUGCACACUUCCCCAAGUUCCCCUCCCAGCAUCUGGGAGGAGCUCUGGGCUACCUGGUAUGGAGAGGACUCUAUCAAGGCUGGUACAGACUCAAACCGAGCUGGGCCGGUCCUGGUUUGCCGGCAGAGGGACUGUUUACCACCACGGACAUCGACAAACAGCCUUAAGCAGUGUAAAACCCUCAGUAGGUGUUUUGGGGAUGUGGUUGCGACUCAAGUUAAGGAGUCUAAACGACUUCUGAUACGGAAGUGAAGCGUAUAUCACCUGUAAAAAAACGCAACACUACAUACCUCUGGCGUCAUAUGAAUAUAAUGAAGACAUUCAUUGUAGGCCAAUAUUGGUCUAAAACCAGAUUCUGAAUUCCCAUUGGGACAAAAGAAAGCAGACAGAAGUAUCAGAAUGAUGUUGCUUUAUUGUGUAAUUUAAACCAAAAUGAAUGCACGCAUGUCACAGCGGGUGUUUUGUUACUUGAGUGCAACACUACAACAGUUGUAUCUUGUGAGCAUGCUGGAGUCUCAGUAGAUGAGAGCCUUGCCGUCUCCUCUGGGCUUCUUGAUCUUGUCAAAGUUCUUGGUAAUGACGUCAAACAGCACAGCCUGCAGACAGAGAGAGAGAAAUAAAUCAGUGGAAAAGUAGUGUGAGAAAGGUUCAAAAGGAAGAUCGACAGCAUGUGAGAGAGACAUAAAGGUCAGAGGCAGUAAUAAGAGAGAGAGCGGCCCAGAUCCAGAGCCGUUAUUGUGGGGGAACAGCUCCUUUCAUCAUCACCUGUACCGCCGUGUUCAUUAACAGCAUCAAACACAGGGAGACAAUAGCCAGAGGAAGGAGACAACAGUGAUUAAUGGCGCGCUAAUCAAUUCAACACAA